AUGGCUGAACGCGAUUCUAUCUCGGCAUCGUCCGACGCAACCCAAAUUGAAAAGCGAGUAUGGUAUCGCAGCACUCUCUUCAAUGCCUGUGUUAUUGGAGGUGUUGGCUUCACGGCUCCGGGCCUGUGGAAUGCUAUGAAUGCCCUCGGUGCUGGUGGCGCGCAGGAGCCGUAUUUGAUUAAUGCGGCCAAUGCGCUCGUUUUUGGUCUGAUGGGCAUUUUGUGUCUUUUUGGUGGUCCGAUUGCCAACCGGAUUGGCUUGAGAUGGACUCUUAUGCUCGGUGCUGUGGGAUAUCCGUUAUAUUCCGCUGCCUUGUACACGAACAAUCGCUAUGGAAACGUGUGGUUUGUCUUGCUUGGAUCAGUAUUCUGUGGCUUAUCUGCUGGUCUUUUCUGGGCUUCUGAGGGUGCCGUGGCACUGGGAUAUCCCGAGCCAGCAAAGCGAGGCAAAUAUAUGAACAUCUGGCUUUGGUUCCGUACAGGUGGCCCCUUGGUGGGAGGUGCUAUUGUUCUUGGCCUGAACAGUGCCGGUGCUGCCCAUGCCAAGGGAAAGGUCGGAUCGGAGACAUAUCUCAUUUUCGUCGCCCUUCAAUGUCUUUCCGUUCCUAUCGCCUACUUCCUCACGCCACCUGACAAGGUCCAGCGCACUGAUGGAAGCAAAGUCCAAAUUGUUCUUCAGGACUCAUGGCGUGCUGAGAUGGGCGAGCUGUGGAAGGUCUGCAAGCGCAAGGAGAUUCUCUUGCUGAUGCCUGUCUUCUGGGCCGCAUACUUCAACAUGUACACCGGAAAUUUCAAGACAUACUACUUCGGUGUGCGCGCUCGCGCUCUGAUGGGCUUUGUCACCUACUUCGCCACUCUUCUCGCCUCUACGAUCAUCAGUAAAUUCCUUGACUGGCGCAGAAUUCCUAUCAGGAACAGACUUAAGUACAGCUUCUUCUACGUGAUCGUCAUCCACAUCAUCACCUGGGUCUACGCCUGGGUCAUUCAGGCAAAAUAUGCCAAGAACCCCCCGAUUCUCGACUGGGCCGACAAAGGCUUUGUUGAAGGAUUCUUCGUUGUUCUGCUCUGGGAAUUCGCCCAGCAAUCAUUGCAGAACUUCCUUUACUACCUUCUCUCUACCAUGACCGACAACAUCUCUGAGCUCUCCCGUCUGUCUGGUAUCCUCCGUGGCCAAGAGAGUUUCUCACAGGCUGUCUCAUAUGGUCUGAACAGCCGAAAGUGGCACGCUGGACGAGUGCCCAUGGCAGUUAAUACUAUCCUUCUGGGUCUUGCGGUGGCACCCACCUGGCUUGUCGUCAAGGAUCACGUUCCCAUCGAGCACAGUAAAGAGGCUGCUGAGAUGCCUCAAGCUCAGGAUGAGGAACAGAACAAGGAGACAUAUGCUAUCUCCGAGGCGAUUGUCAAGAACUAA